AUGUCGGAAGGGGUCGACUCUCAGCCCGUGGCCCUGGGCGCCAGCCGAGUGGAGCUCAGAGUUUCCUGCUGGAGCCUGUCAGAGCGAGAAGAUGCCCUCAAACCCGACCCCUGCCUGGUCCUUCACCAGCUCAGCGCUGGACAAUGGAGCGAGGUACGUGCGCCGCUUUCGACUGGGCUGAUGACCUCUGAGGGUCGCUAUUUUCUUUUCUUUUUAAAAAUCAUUUUUAUUGAUUAAAAAACAUCCCGUUAAUAUAUCCAAUCAUAAUAAUCCAAAUAAAAUAAAAGACUAAGAUUAAAAAAAGACCAAAUUAUAAUUAUUGAUUUUUCGGAGCUCCCCAUAAUCUGGACCUCUGAAGCAUAUCUCCACAUCUCAGUUCUGCCUCUCCUUUUGUUGUUCCCAUAUUUUCCACAUCUCGAUUUUAACGCUUUAAAAUUCUCCGUCCCUGGUUCCACGAUUCUCAAUCAUGUCAAACAUCAUAUAUCCUUUCAUCCGUCGAAUACAGCUUUAUUUGUAUAUACAUAUUUUUCCAACUGCCUUUUUACCAGCGCAGCCUCCCUUGACUCCAUUCCAAUCCGGGAUGUUGUCCAAGUCUGUUAUCUGAAGUUUAAUGGCGCAGCAACUCCCAAUCAUUAAUUGUCCAAACCUUCCUUUUGAGCUUUAAUGAACCAGUACCUUCCACGUUCAAUUGUUGGGCAAAACUGCUUGCAAUAUUGCAGUGUAAAUAAACUGCAUUCCACAAAUAUCAGUCAUUUGGCGAUCGAUCAGCCUCCAGAGGCUGAUUGAGGGUCCCUGUUUUCCAGGGACGUCCCUGAUUUAGAGAAGCCGUCCCGGUUUCUGAUUUGAUCCCGGAAUGUCCCACUUUCCCUUAGGAUGUCCCUGUUUUCCUUGGAGGGUAUGGAGCUAUCUGACCCCAGAGCCGUCGGAAGGCAAACUAGUACAGAGAAGGUUUUUUGAAAUGCUUAAUGUUUUAUUAUGUUUUUUUAUAUAUUGGGAGCUGCCCAGAAGCUGGAUGGGGCAACCCAGUAAGACGUGUGGGGUAUAAAUAGUAAAAUUAUCGUGAUGGAAGGGGACGUCCCUAUUUUCGUCAGAGAAAUGUAUGUGAUGAGUGGGAACUGUAACACUUUGUUGCAGUGCGCAGGGCUUCCUGUUUAGACGUCUCUUUGUGCUUAAGGUUUCCCUCCCCCUUAAUAUUAUCUGCAAACCUUGUGGGGUUUCCCCCAGAUUCCCAAUUCUGGCUAUUGGUCACAGAAUCAUACAGUGGGAAGGGACCCUCAAAGGGCAUCUAGUCUGACCCGCUGCCAUGCCGGAAUCCUUUUUGCCCAAACAUGGGGCUUGAACCCACGACCCUGAGAUUAAGAGUGUCAUGAUCUACCGACUGAGCUAUCACAGAGUGCGAUGCUUUCGUUGAGAUUCCUGCAUUGCAGCGGGUCAGACUAGAUGACCCCCGGGGUUCCCUUCCAUCUCUGCAAUUCUAUGAUUUACAAUUCCUCACCUGUGCGUGGCUGAUGUUUCCGUUUGCCUACGCAUAAACUCCACACACGUCCACUCCGAUCUGCAAAACAGGCACUUUUGCAAGCCCCACAAAACAUUUAUUCCGUGGCUGCAGGAACGCCACGAGUACCGAUAGUAAUAAUAUUGAUUCAGAAGCGGCAGCCGGUGCAGAAUGCUGCAGCAAAAUUGCUGACAGGAGUGAGGCCUUGUCAGCAAACAGCACCUGUGCUCAGAGAUCUGCCGCUGGUAGCCGAUUUGCUACUUGGCCAAGUUCAAAGGAUUACUUUUAGGAUAUAAAACCCUUGAGAUCAGUUUACCUGGAAGAUCAACGAUCCCCCCCCCACUUGACCGUUUCAAUCUACAGGAUUGUUAUUGCUACAGGUGAAACAUCAGACCUGUUUCACACCUGUCAGAAAUCAAGAUUUUAGUGUGGCAGCACCUGUACUUCGGAACUCCUUGCCACUUGAUAUCCUGCAGGUGCCUUCCCUCAACUCUCUUCGGCACCUGCUAAAAACAUUUUUGUUUCAGCAAGCCUACGUGAAUAUUUAGAAUCCUGGUGUGUGCUUUCAUCUGAUUUUAACUUUUUAAAAGGUUUUUAAUAGUUUUAAACUGUUUUUGCAGAGAGGUUUGUUGUUUUCGUCAACUGCUUUGAGGCGUGUGGUUUUUUUCAACGAUCAAGAAGUGUACAAAUAUUAUGAAAUUAAUAAAAAUAAUAAUAUUGUCAGCAUCAUCUUGACCUUCUGCUUAUAAAGCACUCGGAGCAGAUUUCAUCAGAAAGAAAACCACAACAAGACAAAGUACAGCUUUAAAACAUUGUCGUCUGAAAGCAGGAAUUGAUUUGUAAAUAUCCCUUUUGAUCCUUUUUCACCCAUUAUGAUUAUAUCUGUAAUAUCAGCGAUUUGAAAAAUGGCAACACAGCAAAGAGAAGCAACGCCAUUUUCAAGAAGAGCAUUGGGAGGAAGUUGAUUACCUAUUGGGAUAAAAUGUACCCAUGGAUGAGUAUUUAAGUGAACAUUUUAGUACUGGGGAGAGGUAAUAGAUAGUUAACUCUUAUAGCAGUUUUAUUAUUUUAUUGCUUUUAAAAGCUGCCUUGAACUCCUUGGAGGAAAGAUGACACAAACAGGGAAUAAAUUCAAGUUAAAUCAGUUCAAAACGGCAGCUGAAUCUCAUGUUAACUGGCAACUGAAAAUUUCUGGCGAACUGGAAGAAUAGAGAUAUGAUUCUCUUAAUCAACGGCUUGACAAUAUGACAAUCUUGGCAAUAUAUGAACGCAAUAUAUAGACGCAGACUUUCUUUGGAUAAAUAUAGUGAUAUUUGGAACGACUAUACACAGAAUAUAUUAGGUUACUGAUAAAUAUAUCUGUACGAGGAUAAUAAGACCAGACAUAUCUGUAUACGAACGUACGGAAAUGUGAUUGUUUUUCUUUUGUUUCUAUUUUCAUUCGCUUUUUUCCUUUUUUAUCACUCUUUUGUUUUACGAAUGAAAUUCUUCUAAUAAAAUCUUAAUUUAACAACAACAACAAGAAGAAGCAGCUACGGAUUUUUAAAAAAUGGCUUUCCAUUUCUAGCUAAGAGCUUAUCCAAACUAACCUUCCCUCCACUCUUUCCAGGACGACCAGUGAUUUAAAGUUCUCUGCCCAAGCACUCCUCUUUUUGAACUCUAGACCAUGGGUAGGCAAACUAAGGCCCGGGGGCCGGAUCCGGCCCAGUCGCCUCCUAAAUCCGGCCCGUGGACGGUCCAGGAAUCAGCGUGUUUUUACCUGAGUAGAAUGUGUCCUUUUAUUUAAAAUGCAUCUCUGGGUGAUUUGUGGGGCCUGUCUGGUGUUUUUACAUGAGUAGAAUGUGUGCUUUUAUUGAAAAUGCAUCUGUGGGUUAUUUGUGGGGCAUAGGAAUUCGUUCUUUUUUCAAAAUAUAGUCCGGCCCCCCACAAGGUCUGAGGGACAGUGGACCGGCCCCCUGCUGAAAAAGUUUGCUGACCCCUGCUCUAGACCUUCCCCUGCGAAAACCUGCACAAAACCCCACACUUGGACACGAAGCGUCAGUGGGACAAAAGGAGAGAGGGGGAUAAGCCCUAUGUCAGCCUCUUCCAAUCUGAGGUUGAUGGGAUUUGUAGUCCAACACAUUGGAAAGGCCCUGGAAAACAUCAGAAGGUUUUCUAUUGGGAAUAGUACCAGGAAGUCUAAAGGCGGAAGACAAGACAGUCUUUUAUAUUUAUACGCAACAGUAGUGGCAAGGCUAUUGACUGCGAAAAAAUGGAAAAGUGGUAUUAUACCAACAAAAACAGAGUGGCUUGCCAAAUUAUUGGAGUGUUACAAUACUGUAUAUCCAAAACGUGGGAGAAAUUGGAAGGAUCUCAAAAGAGUAGACAGGGACUGGAAGGUGUUUAAAGGAUACUUGCAAAACCAUAUUGAAAAAUCAGAACUCCUAUUAGAAUAAACAAGUUCCGUUUUAAAUACUGAAAUACUAAAUAAGAUGGAUAACAAUGUGUAAUAGAAAAAGAAGCAGAAAAUUGGGUUAAUGGUGUGUGAAAGAAAGUAGUAGAAGUGGAAAGAAAUUGCAACUGAGUAGAUUGGAAGUCUAACACAAGGGUGGGGUGAGGGGUGAGGGGUGGUGGUGGGAAAGGGAAGUAUCUGUGGGAUUGAGUGUAGGUAUGUAUGAACAUUUUUAAAAAUUGUAUUAAAUGUAUGUUUAUAUAUUCGUAACAAGUGUGUAUUAAUGCUGAAUUAUUUUAAUAAUAAAAACUUUUUAAAAAGGAAAAGGAAAGGCCCUGGAUUGGCAGGAACUUGGUCUGAAGGUCAAUUCGUAGAAUCAAAGGAGCAUAGAAAGGCAGAGUUGGAAGGGCACCCCCAGAGCUCAUCUAGUCCAACCCGCUGCAAAACCUCCUCCCGAAACUCCCUCCUUUCCCCUUUCUGCCUCUCCUCCCAGGUGGGGCGCUCCGAGGUCCUCCGCGGCUCCCAAAACCCCGUCUUUGGCCAUGUCUUUGCCCUAGACUACUUCUUCGAAGAGAUGCAGAUAUUGAGGUUCGACGUCUACGACGCCGAUGGAGAGAGCGCCGAAGACGUGGGGUCCGAAACGGGGGUCCUUCUGGGCACCAUUGAGUGCACCUUAGGCCAGGUAAGGCUGGUUUGACCCCGUGGGGGGGAAUAAACCUUUCUCUCGCUGUAUUUUUGGGAAGUACAGGCCCAAACGUCAAUUUAUUAGGAUUUCUCCAAAGGGUUGUGGGUGGAUGGGUGGGGCAGGGACAGCAGGAGCAGCGAUGUCAUCCGCCGGGGGCGGCAGCACUCGGGAAACUCAUGGGCUUUGCUUGCUCCGGCAACCAAAUGCGGCGAUAAUGAGGCUUUCAAGUUUUGCGGCGUGGUUUGCUCGUUUCACUUUUAAAUAGGCAGCGUCGUUUCGUCCAGCCGAGGCACAAUCUACGUGCCCGAGGUUUUGAGAACGCCAAUAGUUAAAGAGCUGGUUUUCAAAACGUGUGUAAAGUUUAAUCAUUUCACUAUUUCGGAGCUAGAAUAAAUGAUUGAAAUAGUGUUCGACAUGUUGGAGCAGAGGCUUCAACAGGUGUUUGACUUGUUUUCCGUUCUGUUUAAAGCUUUCCGCUUUUCCUUCAGUUGCUAAACACAGAUAAUCCAUUUCCUGUUCUGAAAUUCCCAAUUCCCUUUCUGUAUAAUCAGUUACUAGUUCUACUUAUAUAUACUAAACUCCUCUCCCUCCCUCGGCUGUUAGCCGAACAAUAUUUAAGUUUUCCAAUACUUCCCUUACUAAAAUCUGAUCUAUUAGGCUUCUGGUCUCCCCAAGCCUUUGGAUAAAGGAUUCCUGCUGGAUUUAUGAUGCCUAAAGCUUGAUUUUGCUGACUUACUUCUAAAUAGUUUAAACAUUUUGGGGGGGGGCAGCUAAUGUAAUGUCCAGCUGAUUUCCUAGAAUAAACCCAGAAAGCUUUCUUCAUAUUUAAACUCUUCUUGGGAAUGUGGCUUGUAUUUUUAUGAACCGCCCUGAGAUCUGCGGAUGAUGGGCGGCGUACAGAUUUAAUAAAUAACAACAAUAACAAUUGCCCUUAGGCCCCGGAUGAAGUGCAGUGUGCCAGCCACUCAUGAGGACAAGAAAUUUGUUGGAUGACUUUAAAAGGAAAGUGGAAAUUUCCAGGGAGCUAAAUCGUAUGCUAGGUUUUGAACCCUGGGCAAGUUCUCUUCCCAUACGGCAUGGGCUCGUUUGUGGACCUGUUUAUUGAGCGUUCAUCCAGAUUUGCUUGUACGACAUUUGCAGGAACGUCAGAUGAUUCCAGCUAUUCAUUAAUCCCACAGUUUCCAAUGCAUUUUCCCAUCACUUUCGUUACUGCAAGAAGUCCGACGGUGGGAUAUUAAUAUUAAUAUUAACCAAUAUUAAUUCUACAAGCUGAAUUUGUUGGUAUACAAUCCGUGUCUCACCUGAAAACAGCAACAGUCUGGAAACCCCUGUAAUUUGGGACACGAAGACUCUUUCCACCUCCCUUUUCAUUCUUUAUUCUCCCUCCUUUCCUUUCUCAUCUCCUUCCUUCCUUCCCUCCUUCCUUCCCUCUCUUUCUCUUUCUCUUUCUCUUUCUCUUUCUCUUUCUCUCCUUCCUUCUACCGUCCUUCCUUCCCUCUCUCUUUCUCCCCUUCUCUUCAUCAGCCGAUGUGGAUUUUAAUUUGUUUAGUGUUUUUAACUUCGAUGUUUUAACGCAUUACGAAUCUUUCCUGAUUUUAUGGUUUUUAUCUUUUUCCGUAAACCGCUUUGGCCUAGCGGUGUAUACAUUUUAAACAAGCAAAUCGGCAAAUAAACAUGUCCCUUCCUUCCUUCCCCUGAAGCACAGUUAAUUCUCUGCCCUUCUUCCCUCCUUCCUCGCCUGCCUGCCUGCCUGCCUGUGACUCAACUGCCGGCUCCCCAGAUUGUCUCCCAAACCAAGGUCACAAAGCAGCUGCAGCUGACAAGUGGAGAGACUGUGGAGAAGUCAACCAUCACGGUACAGAAAUCGGUCGGUCGGGGGGUGUGGAUGGGAGGGGAGGAGGAGGGUGGGAGAGCCUGUUGAGGAACAAGGAAGGACGAAGACACUCAAAGGACAGGCAGGAGACAAAGAGCCAGGAGGGAGCCUCAUUUCCGUGGUUAAAAGUCAGCCUCGGAAUCUGUGGGUCGCAAGAGCGCUCCUGAGCAUGCACAGAGUGCAAUUGGCUACCUGGAGUCCGCUGGGGUUAGAAUGAUAGAAUCACAGGUUUGUAGAGUUCGAAGUGAUCUCAAGAUUCAUGUAGUCCAAACCCCUGCAAGGCAGGAAUCACAACAGUGCAAGAAUGGCAGAUGGUCACCCAACCUCUGCUUAAAAACCUCCAAGGCAGCAGAGCCCGCAACCUCCUGAGGCAGAUCGUUCCACUGUCAAUCAGCUCUUGCUGUCAGAAAGGGGCAGGGCUUCACUUAAGGUGUGACGUUUGUUUACCAGACUGGCCAACCUUGCAGGGGCGUUGCGAAGGAGAUUGGACCAGAACACUCGGGAAAUGCUGAAUGAUGAAUGCUUUGCCGUUGCUUUUCCAAGGACCUGGUUUUUUAAAAUAAUAAUAAUUUUUUAUUUAUACCUCCUUUCUUGCCAUUUCAAGCCAUUGGUUCGAGUCCUGCCAUCCAGAGCAGGAGAAAACAAGCUUGCUCCUUCCUCCAAGGGACGGCUCUUUAUAAUAAAUAUAAUAAUAAAUUUUUAUUUAUACUCCGCCCUUCCCGGUUCAGAAAACCGGGCUCAGGGUGGCUAACAACAAAUUUAAAACACUUAAUUAAUGCAACAAAAAACAGCAUAAAAUACAAUAUAAAACGUGAAUGACAAUAAAUUCAGAAUUCAAAAAUCAGUUUAGGGGGGAAAUCCAUCCAAUAAACAUUAGAUGAUCACCAGGGCUAGCUGGCUAAAUUAGUCCUAUCUGAGCCAGUGAGGAGACCAGGGGAGAAUUAGCUGUGGGAUCCCAGAGCGGGUAAUCUUCAUAAAAAGGGAGGGGGGAAGGAAGGGGAAUAAAAGAUCAGGCUAAGUUCAAAUUGAAAGCCAGGUGGAAUAGCUCUGUCUUACAAGCCCUGCGGAAGGAAGUUAAAUCCUGCAGGGCCCUGCUGUCAUGGGACAGAGCAUUCCACUAAGUCGGAGCCAUCACUGAGAAGGCCCUGGCCCUGGUGGAGGAUAGUCUGACUUCCUUAGGGCCCGGGACCUCUAAACUAUGAUUAUUCAUGGACCUUAAGGUCCUCUGCGGGGCAGACCAGGAGAGGCGGUCCCGUAAAUACGAGGGCCCUAAGCCACAAAGGGCUUUAAAGGUCAAAACCAGCACCUUAAACCUGACCCGAUACUCCACCGGGAGCCAGUGCAACUGGUAAAGCACUGGGUGAAUAUGCUCCCAUGGCAGGGACCGCGUGAGGAGCCUCGCUGCAGCAUUCUGCACCCUCCUGUCGAGAAACUAGGCAGUUCCCAGCCAACGCAGGACCCUGCUUUAUCCUGAACCAGACCACCAGACCAUUUAGCUCAAUGUUGGACACACUGACGUGACAGCAGGAUUUUUGGCAGGAGUCUGUCCCAGCCCUGCCUGCCGAUGCUGUUGGUUUUCGAACCCGGGACCCCCUGCAUUCACAGCAGAGGUUCUGCCCUUUAGCUACAGCAGUUUCUCUCCCCUCAGGAGGCCCAGGGAGCUAAAUUUCCUUGUUCCAGCGCACCAGGAGGGUUGCGCUUCCUACUGUGGGUCUGGCCAGCACAUCUGCAGUCGCCAGGCAGAACAUUCGCAUCGCCUCUCAUCCCCUCAGACACCAGCAAGUCCCCCCAGUUUAUCUAUUGAACAUUAAAACUAUAUAUUUUAAUGUUUCGAUGGGUUUUCCUUACUGCGUAUUUUAAUUAUGGGUGUCCCAGGCAUAGUCAGAGGGACGCAGGUGGCGCUGUGGGUUAAACCACAGAGCCUAGGACUUGCUGAUCAGAAGGUCGGGGGUUCGAAUCCCUGAGACGGGGUGAGCUCCCGUUGCUCGGUCCCUGCUCCUGCCAACAUAGCAGUUCGAAAGCACGUCAAGUGCAAGUAGAUAAAUAGGUACCGCUCCGGCGGGAAGGUAAACGGCGUUUCCGUGCGCUGCUCUGGUUUGCCAGAAGCGGCUUAAUCAUGCUGGCCACAUGACCCGGAAGCUGUACGCCGGCUCCCUCGGCCAAUAAAGCGAGAUGAGCACCGCAACCCCAGAGUCGGCCACGAUGACCUAAUGGUCAGGGGUGGGCGUAGUCAGGGGGCAGGAGGGCAGCUGGCGCCCUAGAUCAAGUAAGUAAAUAAAAACACUCAUCUAAAAGCAGAAAUUGCAGAAAGAUUUUGACAGAUUCUUCAGAGCGCUUGAGAGCAAAAGAAAGUGAUUUAAAAGAACUGUUGUUGAGACAUUUCGUUCCAAAUCUGCUAGAUGGAGCUGGACAGAGGUUAAUGACAGGGGGGUGUCCUGCCUCCCCACAACAUAAAAUAAAUCCUGGGCGUUGAAUACUUGUCAGAUUGGUUUUUAAACGUGGAAACUGUUCACCUGUCUUGGCAUUAAGUGGCGUGCACAUUAAUUCAGCUGUCGUUUGUCAAUAUGGGCAGGAAUGGAAUAUAGGAAUAUAAAUGAGUUGGGUGACUCUGGUGCCUUGAAGUCCGAAGGAGUUUUUGCCCUGGCUGCCUGGCCAUAACUUCAAUUUCCACCCAGUUUGCUUACUUACACGAGGCUUCUGGAAUCACCUGCUCUGAUUUCCAGAGCCAAGCUAGCCUGCUCAUGGUGUGCUUGUUUGUUUUGCAUUACGCUGAUAGCCUACCUUUCCCCAAGGAGAUCAUGGCUCCCCCUCCCUCAUUUCCCUCCUUUACAACACCCCUGCAAGGUAGGUUAGCUGAGAGAUAAUGACCGAUUAAAGGUCAGCCACUGAGUUCUGAACAUGGGUAUAUGGCGACUCUCCUAUAUUUAAGCACAGUCUAUGGGGAGGGGGAACAGGGCCAGUGCCAGGGGUUUGGGGGGGGGGGGCAUUUGGCACGCUGCAAGUUUUUUUAUAGUAGUCAGAAGGCCUGUGUUCAAGAAAACAGAAUGAAGGCUUUGAGAUGUUUAUCCACCUGGGACUUGUAUCGCCGCAGAUUGAAGCAGAGGAGGUCUCCAGAACCAACGAGUUUGUGCAACUGGAAUUUCAUGGGCAGGAGCUAGACGACAAGGUAAGUAAAAAGCAAAGUGCCAGCCUUGCAGGAAAAAAAAAGUGGUUUUUCGAGUUCCACAGAACUCUUCUUCGCUUUGAGGAAUGUAUUCAGUGGUCUGUGUUUGCCUGAGCUUGAGUCUGGACUAAGGAUUCUGAGGUCCCGUGUUCUGAUUGGACACAUGACGUCCAAUCGCAGAACAUUUCAGGAUUUGGGCCUCUGCCAUUGGCCCUUCAACUCUUGAGUCGUGAUUCGCAGUUUGGAAGUUUAGACAGCCAAUCACGUUGGGAGGGGGAGUGGCCCAGGCUUUCAAAAAUGUAUAUAGGCAGUUGCUUUGCCUCUGUUUCCCAGUAAUGUAGUUCAAUAAAGGUUCUUGCUGUUAUCACUGUGUUUUGCUUCGUGGGAACCCGCCUAGACUUCACUGGCGACAAGGAUGGGAUGCUAGGCUAGGUACGCAGCCCUGGCUAGCUUCCACAAGCUGAAAUCACCGCUGAGCUGAAAUCACAGACUGCAGCUAUAAGGCAGAUCACACAGAGCAGAGCUCUGUGGAACCCAGAAGCUGGCACCAUUUUUGAGGUGUUUGGGGUUGGUCCAAUAGACAGGAUUAUCUCAUCAAUCAUACAUUUCUAGAUGUGGAAGUAGAGAAAGGGGGAGAUUUGGUCGUCUGUUAGGUAUAUUUGCAUAAAGUCACACUAAAAUCCUGAUGAAUGUUCACGAGGACACUUUUUAAAAAAUCACAAACUGAAUUGAUGUGUUUACUGAUUUAAAUAAGCAUAAAGGAUAUUGCCUCCCCCCCCCCCCCCCGCUGCUGCCCUUGAUGUAUGCUGGACCAUGGAUCUUUUGAGCUAAUUCUUGAAACACUGUAAAGAAAACAUAAAGGAGAAAGAAAUAGUUAAGAUUAUCAGUAUGCCUCGUUACUGAGCUGCCUUAAGCUGGUUAUGUUAAUGACUCAGCCUCUACAUCCGCUUUCCUUCGUUUCAUUUUUCGUUUGUACUUUCAAAAAAAUUUUUUAAUAAAGACUUUAAAAAGAAAGAAAGAAAGCUGAUGUGGAAAUCUGGAGAAAUGAAUGUAAGACUGGGAAAAUGAGAAGCUGAUAGAAACUGAAAUUGACUGAUUAAGCCCCCCAUCCCUGGCAAAACAUCAGCUCUGCCCUGCCCCAUAGCAUUCAGACGACUGAACCCUCUCCCUGAUCCUUGUAGGAUUUCUUCAGCAAAUCCGAUCCUUUCCUGGAGAUCUAUAAGGUCAACAGCAACGAGAAAGAACACCUGGUCUGGAGGACAGAGGUGAGCUAUUAUGGGCUGCAUGGCGUGCUUGGCGGCAGAGGACUAAGGGGGAGUUUUAGGAACUGGCUGCUUUUAAUGAGGGGCUGGUUCUGUGCUCUAUAUGCAGUUUUAAUUCUAUUAAUGCUUAAUCAUUUUUUAAUCUCUCCCCCCCCCAUAUCUUUAGCUGUUCUUGUUUUAUCUUUAAGCUGCCUUGAGUUCCUGUCAGGGGAAAAGGCAUGGUGUGUGUGUGUGUGUUUAUAUAUAUAUAGGGACGCGGGUGGCGCUAUAGUCUAAGCCACUGAACCUCUUGGGCUUGCCGAUCUGAAGGCCGGCAGUUCGAAUCCCCACGACAGGGUGAGCUCAGGUUGCUGUGUCCCAGCUCUUGCCAACCUAGCAGUUCGAAAGCACGUCGAAGUGCAAGUAGAUAAAUAGGUACCGCUCCGGCGGGAAGGUAAACGGCGUUUCCAUGCGCUCCGGCACUCGUCAAGGUCUUCUGUGCGCCAGUAGCAGUUUAGUCCUGCUGGCUACAUGACCCGGAAAACUGUCUGUGGACAAAUGCCGGACCCCUCGGCCUGAAAGUGAGAUGAGCGCCACAAACCCAUAGUCAGAGAAUCAUAGAAUCAUAGAAUCAUAGAGUUGGAAGAGACCACAAGGGCCAUCGAGUCCAACCCCCUGCCAAGCAGGAAACACCAUCAGAGCACUCCUGACAUAUGGUUGUCAAGCCUCUGCUUAAAGACCUCCAAAGAAGGAGACUCCACCACACUCCUUGGCAGCAAAUUCCACUGUCGAACAGCUCUUACUGUCAGGAAGUUCUUCCUAAUGUUUAGGUGGAAUCUUCUUUCUUGUAGUUUGGAUCCAUUGCUCCGUGUCUGCUUCUCUGGAGCAGCAGAAAACAACCUUUCUCCCUCCUCUAUGUGACAUCCUUUUAUAUAUUUGAACAUGGCUAUCAUAUCACCCCUUAACCUCCUCUUCUCCAGGCUAAACAUGCCCAGCUCCCUUAGCCGUUCCUCAUAAGGCAUCGUUUCCAGGCCUUUGACCAUUUUGGUUGCCCUCCUCUGGACACGUUCCAGUUUGUCAGUGUCCUUCUUGAACUGUGGUGCCCAGAACUGGACACAGUACUCCAGGUGAGGUCUGACCAGAGCAGAAUACAGUGGCACUAUUACUUCCCUUGAUCUAGAUGCUAUACUCCUAUUGAUGCAGCCCAGAAUUGCAUUGGCUUUUUUAGCUGCCAGUCACCUUUGACUGGACUUAACCGUCCAGGGGUCCUUUACCUUUACCUUUACUGUGUGUGUGUGUGUGUGUGUGUGUGUGUGUGUGUAUUUCGAGAAGUAGGAAACUGAACACAAAGAAGUUGUUGAGCUUCUUCUUUUUUUAAAUAACUCCCCAAAAGGCACUUCCUGGUUCUGCUGGCAAAAACCCCGAUAUUUUUGAACCCCCCCCCCCCCCAAUUCCACCACUUGAAUCCUGGACAAUCCAAAAAUAUCUGGUUGUAUGUCAACCCUAUAAUACUGCAAUCAUCAUCUUCCGAUUCAUCCAUGGGCUGGGAAAAUGAAAUUGCACGUAAGGUGGAGAAGGAUGACUUGAAGGCAGGGUGUGUGUGAUAGGACCAUGAGGAGGAGAUGCUUUCAGGCAGCAGGAAAAGAUGUUUGGAUGUUUGGGUGGUCAAACCACUGAAGGCUAAUGGAUCCAUAUUAACCAGUUGCAUUGGCAUAAACAGAAUCUUUGCCAAAGACGGCAGCUGCCAGACAACCUUUGAAUCAGAAUUUAUUUUCCCACGCAAUCUGCCGCAGAGACACAGCCGCUGAGCUGAUCCACACAUAGCUUUGCCUCCCUCCCCUUUUAAAUAUGGGAAUAUAUAAGAUUAGGGACACAGGAAGUUGGCUGACCCUAAACCAGACCCUUUUGGUCCAUCUAGUUCAGUGUAGUUGACUCUGAUAGACAGCAGCCUUCUUAAGUAAGUUGGCAAACAUUUGCAAAACAAUAGCAGCAGCAGCAACACGGCUAAGGUUGUUGUUACUGGUGGUGCUGGUUUAUAUUAUCGCAGUUUGUCCUGCAGUUUCCCCACAAGGAUUUUCACCCAAGUAUUUAUUUUCUUUUACUUUACAAAAUCCACGUGCCUCUUGAUUGUAUUCAAACCUCUUAAGCAGUUUACAAGAAAUAUUAGAGGUUUCGAUCAAAAACAGUUAACAACACAUAGAGAGAUAAUUUAAAAUGAACAGCAAACAGUGUUUUAAUCAUGUUUUUUUUAAUGCUGCCCUGAGAUCUACGGGUGAAGGGCUGUAUACGAAACAAACAAACAAACAAAAGGGAUUGAAACUUGUCAACAUCUAUGUGUCUGGUUAGGUUUGCCUAGGCAAAAAUGUUUCUAAAAAAUACAGUGAAGGCCUCUGCUUGAUAUCAAUAAGCGGUGAGUUCCAUGGUGCUCAUUCCAGCACACAAAAAGGUUGAUUUCUUGCAACUGCAGAAUAAGUACCUUAUUUACUUGAGUCUAAGGCGCCAUCAAAUCUAAUGCAUGCCUCAAUUUUCAGAACCUUGAAACCAAAAAAGGAUUUGCUGGCGAACGCAAAUGUGGCAUCGAAUCUAAUGCGUGCCUUAAUUUACGCAUUGUAAUUUGGCCCCCCCAAAAGGUGUGCAUUACAUUUGAGUAAAUACAGUAUUUUUAGGGCUUGUAAAAGUGCCAGUUUUGCAGAUACGGUGUACAACAAUAAGGACUAGAAGAAACUUGGUACGUUCAAAAUGUUCAUGACAGUCACUCAGCAAGAUGAGAAGGCAGCAGAUAUAGUGCUUAAACAAGCCGCUUCAUGUAAGAUAAGAGUCUCAAGGUCCAAAACAAAACAUCCUGGCAAGGCUGGCUCAACACAACUCUCUGUGAAGGGUAUCCUGGAAUUUUGGUGCAGCCACCAAAAAGUCCCCGUCGCUUUAUGCUGCCCUGGACAGGGGAGUAGAAGUUUUUAGGGAGAGGAAGUUGUGCAAUGUGAGUGACUGGAGGGCGGGAACAACUUUGGUACCAGUUUGUGAGUCUACUUGAUUUUUGUGCAUUUCCCUUCCCAUCAUACACCAGGUGGUGAAGAACAACCUGAGCCCUCAAUGGCAACCUUUCCGUGUCUCCCUGCAGUCCCUGUGCAGCUGCGAUCCGGGGAAAAGCAUCCGGGUGAGCUUCCUCUGGAGCGCGGGAACUCCAGGAGAGUCAAAGGGGUGGGGGCGGGGGUUAGGGCAGGGGGUCAAGGACCUACGGGGAAACAGGGGCACAUUGGGACCCAGGCACCCAGGGUAAAAAUAAUGUUAUUUUUAUUUUUAUUAUAUUUAUAUAGGGUUGUAAUAGGGGUGGCAUAUUUCAAAAAGUAAAAUUCCUGACACCCGUUGAGCUUUUUUGGGGAAACCAUGGCAUUCGGGUUUUCCCUGACAUUUUACCAAUUCCUCCUUGAUGCCAGUUUUAUGCCCGAAAACCAGGACUUGUCAGGAGUUUUCCUGAUUUAUGGCAAGCCUAGGCUAUAAGGUGGCAUGGCGUUGUAUACUACCCUGGGAUAUUUUGAUGAAGUGAAGCAUAUAAAUUUAAUAAAUAAUAAUAAGUUGUUAUAAUAAUAAUAAAUAAUGGCUGGACUUUCUCUGUGUGUGCAUGUUUCUGUGUGUUGCAUUCAUGAUUUCAGGUGUUGGGACAGGUAUAAAUAAAAUUCUUAUCCUUCUUCUUCUUCUUCUUCUUCUUCUUCUUCUUCUUCUUCUUCUUCUUCCCCCCAUCUUAAGCACACUUCCCCAGGGGAUUAGAACCCAUUGAACUUAAGUCCAUAUGCUUAGGAACGUUUGCGUAAACUUGGCUGAGCAAAGAGCAUUCAAAUAAAAUUAAAUUAACAUGUUCGCAUUCCGUCAGUACAGUGGUACCUCGGGUUAAGAACUUAAUUCCUUCCGGAGGUCCGUUCUUAACCUGAAACUGUUCUUAACCUGAAGCACCACUUUAGCUAAUGGGGCCUCACACUGCCGCCACACGAUUUAUGUUCUCAUCCUGAAGCAAAGUUCUUAACCCGAGGUACUAUUUCUGGGUUAGCGGAGUCUGUAACCUUAAGCGUAUGUAACCUGAAGCGUCUGUAACCCGAGGUACCACUGUAUUGUGGAAACCUUUUCUUCUGGGAUUAGAAGCCACAGGCAAUUGGAACAGACAGUUUCAAUCAUUCUGGGUCUCGCAUCCGGAUUUCCCACAAUACUGAUGGGACUUGAACUUGUUUGUUGUAUUUUAUUUUUUGUGGGGGGGGGCAGACAAACCCCAGGAGCAGGUAUCCCCAGGGCGCCUGGUUCCCAUUCCCAGCCUCUCACCUGCUUUCUCCUCCUCUCCUCCUAGUGCAUCAUCUACGACCACGACUCCAGCGGAAAGCACGACUACAUCGGCGAGUUCAGCACCACUUUCCAGGAAAUGCUUCAGGCUUCCUCAGGGGAUGAGGUAGUUUGAACGGUCAGCCGGGAAUGAUGCCCCGGGGGGUGGGGCGGCGAGGAAAGCGGAGAAGAGCGAGGACAGGCCUCGCGUGAAAACAGAACUCGGUGACGGCCCCUUAGUUAUGGGAGGGGGCGUGUCCUGUGCGAGAGGGAGGCCACGCCCACUUUGGGGCACGCCCACUGCUGAUAUGCGGCAGGUGAGCUGUGGCUGAAUGGGGUCCCCCAUCCCAAGAAGGCCAGCCAACUGUGGGUUUAAGCCUUGAAGUCUAACAUGUGGGAUGUGAAACACAAGAGCAAUCAAUUACAACAUUCAUGUUUAGACAUGGGGAGGGAUGUUUGUCCAGCCAGCAGGUAAACUUCCUGGGACAGACUUCCUCCACAUGUGACUAGAGGUGGGUGUGGCCUCACCUGUGCAGGUACUGACAAAAGCACAGGGCAGGGCAGCCAUCUCUCUCUCUUUCACCACAUGCUUCGAAGAAGCAACAUCUGCUAAGCUAAAGAUGCCCUCUUGGCUCCCAGCCAAGAGAAGAGAAAGGGACUAUCUUCUUAUAAGAUAGAAUCCAAAUGUAUAUUACUUAACUAAGUUUAAGUCCGCCUUCUGAGAUCUGAUGUGAACAGAAUGUCAGUAAACUCUUUUUAUACUUAUGUAAAGGACUGUGUCGUUUCUUCUAUUUUAAGAGGGAAUAAAGGGGAAAUUACCAGAGUGAUUAUUAUAGAGGCUUAAGCAAGCCUGAGCAAACGCUGCCGUCGCAAACCUAAAAUAAAGGGGAAUGUUUUACUCUGCUGAUACUGGGAACUUAUUAACACAAGUUGGAUAAGGAUAUAAUCAGUCAAUAUAUCCUCUCUUGCAUCCCUGAACAUUCCCACAUAACACCUGUACUGGCGAAUGCCGGAAUCCAGGAAUCUUUGACCGCAGGAAUCUUCCCAGUCCUUUUCUCCUUGCCCCCAAUAAUCCUGGAAAGUGUGUGUUUUUUUGGCGAGAAUGACGCAAAGGCACGCAACAGAGGUCGAUCAAAACCGUGGUUUGGAGGAGAGAGACUGGUUGGCGUGUAGGUGCGCAAACAUCUGCCUUCUGUACGGCUGGGAUAUUACUGUGCAAAGGCCAGAGUCGUGGUGGUUGCUCCGCCCCUUUCAUUCUGGCCCCGCCCCCUCUGCCCCUGGCCCCGCCCCCCUAUGGCAAGUGCCUCUGCCGUUCUUUUUUUUUUAAUGGCAUUGAUGAAGUGCUCUGCCGCUCUUGGCCCAGAAGUUCGCCCUGGCUUAGCUGCCGAGUUUGACUGCGCCGGAAGCAUCUGUUCCCUCCUUUGGCACAAUGGGUCAAUGCGUCUGGCUGUUAACCAGAAGGCUGGUGGUUCGAGCCCACCCGGGAACGGCUGUGGGCAGGAUUCAUGCAUUAUUCUACAUUAUUCUACAUUUGAUAGGGAGCCGCCCAGAGUGGCUGGGGAGACUCAGCCAGAUGGGCAGGGUAUAAAUAAAAAAUUAUUAUUGUUGUUAUUAUUAUUAUUAUAUUCUGCCUGCUUCGCCAGCUCGAGGAGCAGAGCAGUGGCCUCUGUGAGCCCCUGGAUGGAUCCAGCAAAGCUCUCCUUUGACUCUGGUGGUCUUGUGUAAUAAUAAUAAUAAUAAUAAUAAUAAUAAUAAUUAAUAAUAAUAAUAAUUUAUUAUUUAUACCCCACCCAUCUGGCUGGGUUUCCCCAGCCACUCUGGGCUGCUUCCAGCAAAGUAUUAAAAUACAGUAGUCUGUUAAACAUUAAAAGCUUCCCUAAAGAGGCCUGCCUUCAGAUGUCAUGCGGUGCUCAGACAACCCUGUCUCCUUCUCUCCCGGCAGGUGAAAUGGGAAUGUAUUAACCAUAAAUAUCAAGAAAAGAAAAAGCAUUACAAGAACUCCGGGUAUAUCGUCCUCGCUCAGUGCAAGGUAAGUCAGCAGUCCAGAGGUCGUCAUGAUUGUGUCGCACAGACAAUCUAGGGAAUUGUUGUUGGCGUCUGUCUGUUCCGAGAGACAAUGGAGUGUGCCUCUGGGGGUGAAGUCAAGCUGCUGUGUUGCAACACCAAAGUGACCUCCUUGGGGUGCAAGCCUGGGCAGUGUGGCUGGAGGUCCUGGGCUGCCCAGAUGACAGGACCCCCCUCUCAGCCUGGCUGAUGUGGUCCAAUGGAAAGCAGAGCAAGAUGUUUGGCACCAGCUUGGCUGCAGGAGUUGCCGGAAGGAGGCGUACAAAGCGCCAUCCAACCGUCUUAGGGACUCCAUUCCGGAUCUGAGUAGGGUUUACUCCUUAGCCCUUUCAUCUGUAGAUAUCCCACAAGAAGUGGAGGUUUAGGAUCAGAGUUUUCCUUCUCCUAGAUGGGCUCCCUUUCCAGGUGGGCGGCCGCCAUCUGCCCCUCACUUCCCUCUACAAGAAGAAACCACCUUUUUUAAAAAAAAUAAUUAUUAUUUAAUCAUUUUUUCAAUACAAACAACAACCACAAAAAACACAUACAACAAAAACCACAAGAACACAAUUUAACAUAGAAACCACCUUCUUGACCAUGGGUAGGCAAACUAAGGCCCGGGGGCUGGAUCCGGCCCAAUCGCCUUCUCAGUCUGGCCACGGACGGUCCAGGAAGCAGCGUGUUUUUACAUGAGUAGAAUGUGUCCUUUUAUUUAAAAUGCCUCUCUGGGUUAUUUGUGGGGCAUAGAAAUUUGUUCAUUUCCCCUCCCAAAAUAUAGUCCGGCCCCCCCACAAGGUCUGAGGGACAGUGGACCGGCCCCCUGCUGAAAAAGUUUGCUGACCCUUGUUCUUGACCUUCGGACCCACUUUUGGUCGCCUCCACUCAACCAAUUUUUGCAUGCAGAGGAUGUGGUCUAGGGAAUAUUGAGCAUUCGAAAACAACUCCCCCCCCCCCCAAAAAAACCAGGCAAUUGCCUUUGAAGUUCUUAAGCUGGGAGGCGCUUAAUUAGUGCAAAGCGAUUAAAGCCUUUGGUGAUGCUCUUGAGAACCUCAGUGAUUGCAAACCUUGCCCUCUUCCUAAAACUGUUUUCAGGAACAGAUCAGUCAAGUUGCUGGUUAUUUUUUGGGUGGGCGGCUGCUGGAGCCUCAAUGCAGAACCGGGGAUUGCUUCAUCCGGCAAGGCAAAGGAGCUGGACCUUUGGGGUUCCAUCACUCCCAUCUAAACGAUAUAUUUUUCAGAAGAUGCUUGAAAGAAGGCAAGGAUAGUUUCUGCAAAACUUCUACUGGCAGGGAGUUCCACAGGGCAGGAUCUGCCAUACUGAGUCCCUAGGGAAGACUGACCAAACCUCAGGGGUAUGAGGGGGGAGCCACCAGAAAUUGAGGGAAUUUGAAUAUGGCUGACAGUAUUCCUUUCCCCCCUUUCCCCUUUGCAGAUGGAGAAAGUUCACACCUUCCUGGAUUACAUCAUGGGUGGUUUACAAAUUUCCUUCACGGUAAGAAAAAGAGAAUUAUGAAUUUGGUAAUAUUAUUGUUUAUGAAAAGUAUUUUUUCCCCUUUUGUCUUUUUGUUGUUGUUUGCAUUUUGGAAACAUGUACAGUGGUACCUCAGGUUACAUACGCUUUAGGUUAUAGACUCCGCUAACCCAGAAAUAGUGCUUCAGGUUAAGAACUUUGCUUCAGGGUGAGAACAGAAAAUGCGCAGUGGCAGCGGGAGGCCCCAUUAGCUAAAGUGGUGCUUCAGGUUAAGAACAGUUUCAGGUUAAGUACGGACCUCCGGAACGAAUUAAGUACUUAACCUGAGAUACCACUGUAUAUAAAUGUGUUUAUAGUGUUAAAAAAAUGGGGGGGGGGGAGAAAAAAAAAGGAAAAAGAGAAUUAGUGGGCAAAAGACCUCAGGAGGGCCAAGAGGGGGUGAACAACUCAGGGAAGAUCUACCUUGGUGUAAGGCGCGUUCCUUCACAAGUUACCUUCAAUGAGUGUGCAUUGUGUGCAUCUUCGUGCACAAUGUUCACCAGAGCGCAGGAUCUGUGUGUCCGUUUACACCGCAGCCGAGCUGCAUAAAUCGACAAUGUUGCACUUCUCUUUGUACUUCUCUGGAUUUUGGGGUGCUGUUCUCUGAUCAAGUAGCGUGAGGGGAAGCGCAGGUUAGGGAGCGGCCGUCUCAAACCUCCCCCGGCGAGCUCGUUGGCAAAACGGGGGUGCGACCCCGGAUUUUGUCAAGAGGACACCGUAACCCCGGUGCCCCCCGCUCUGCUUUCUCGCUCGCCCAGGUGGCCAUCGACUUCACAGCCUCCAACGGAGACCCGCGGAGCGAACACUCCCUGCACUUCAUCAACCCCAAGGAGCCCAACGAAUACCUGAAGACCUUGUCUUCCGUGGGCGAGAUCUGCCAGGACUAUGACAGGUACCGUUUGCGCUCUGCACGCGGGCAGGAAGGUAUGCCGCUCGUUCCUCAGUGACCCAGAUUUUUCUCUUCCAGCGACAAGCAGUUCCCGGCAUUUGGCUUUGGCGCACGGAUUCCUCCAGACUUUGAGGUAAACCCCGGGGGAUUCUGGGAUCAGAUUAGACGGGGCUGGCGGUGAGUCAUCCAUCCUCUUCUGUUCUCCCUCGGCGACCUUUUCCUCCUCCUUUGUCUUUUCCUAGGUGUCUCACGAUUUCGCCAUCAACUUUGAGCCGGACAACCCGGAAUGUGAAAGUACGAAGCUCAGAUGCAUUUAGGAAAGGCGGAUGAUUUAUAGCCUUUCUCAACAGGGGGAUAUUUUAGGGCAGAGGUUGAGAUUGAAAACCUGGGGCUUUUGAGGGAUCGGGGUGUGGGAAGGAAUGGAUUGACACUGGAGAGGAAGAAAGCUCCAGAGGCCUUAAGAAAUAAAACAGGGAUGUUCCCAGGUCCUUUGUGGGGAGUCUUUUAAACAUAGCACGUGUACAGAGCCUCUGUUGCAAAGACUUGGGCGAGGAUAGGCCAUCGUUUUCCAACCUGACACCCGCCCAUGAUCUGACAUGGUUGCCCCAGCCACUGUGGGCGGCUUCCAACGUAUAUAAAAAACAUAAUUAAACAUUAAAAGAAACUUCCCUCUACAGAGCUGCCUUCAGAUGUCUUCUAAAGGUUGCAUAGUUACAUAUCUCCUUGGCUCGGGGGUCAGAUAACUGCCUAUAAUUUUCUCCAGUGAAAAUAGGGACGUCAUAACGAAAAGCGGGACAUUCUAGGAUCGAUCAGAAACUGGGACGGCUUCUGUAAAUCCAGACUGUCCUUGGAAAAUAGGGGCACUUGGAGGGUCUGGGACCUGCGCCAAAUGCAUAAUGCGCCUGGUGCCUAGUUAAUUUUGAACACUGUUUGGCCACUAUGAGAAAAGGAUUCUGGAAUAGGUGAUCCAGCAGGCUGUUCUCACAUUCGUGGUAUAGAAGCAUUUCUGUCACCUGAGCUCCUUGAUUUCCUGUCCAUUCGUCCCCCACAGGAAUCGCUGGCGUGAUUGAGGCCUACAAACGCUGCCUGCCCCAGAUCCAGCUCUAUGGCCCAACCAACGUCGCCCCCAUCAUCAACAAGGUGGCAGCUCCUGCAGCUGAGGAGGAGAAAACAGGGCUGCCAACGGUACGUGAAGAUGCGCCGGGGGGCAUUGGGGCAGGAAUAUUUGGAUGCGGGCGGCGCUGUGGUCUAAACCACUGAGCCUCUUGGGCUUGCCAAUCAGAAGGUCGGCAGUUCGAAUCCCUGUGACGGGGUGAGCUCCUGUUGCUCUGUCCCAGCUCCUGCCAACCUAGCAGUUCGAAAGCAUGCCAGUGCAAGUAGAUAAAUAGAUACCUCUGAGGCAGGAAGGUAAACGGCGUUUCCGUGCGCUCUGGUUUCCGUCACAGUGUCCCAUUGUGCCAGAGGCGGUUUAGUCCUGCUGGCCACACAACCUGGAAAGCAGUCUGUGGACAAACGCCGGCUCCCUUGGCCUGAAAGUGAGAUGAGUGCCACAACCCCAUAGACACCUUUGACUGGACUUAACCGUCCAGGGGUCCUUUACCUUUACCUUUACAGUGGUACCUCAGGUUACAGACGCUUCAGGUUACAGACGCUUCAGGUUACAGACGCUUCAGGUUACAUAUUCUUCUAACCCAGAAAUAGUACCUCGGGUUAAGAACUUUGCUUCAGGAUGAGAACAGAAAUGGUGCAGCGGUGGUAUGGUGGCAGCGGAAGGCCCCAUUAGCUAAAGUGGUACCUCAGGUUAAGAACACUUUCAGGUUAAGAACGGACCUCCGGAACGAAUUAAGUUCUUAACCUGAGGUACCACUGUAUUUGGAGCAGAGGGAAGUGGCUCAGCCAGGGGAGGCUCUGGCUGAGUUUGGGCCUGGGUCCAACCCCGUCGCCUCUCUCUCUCCGCAGAAGUACCGUGUGCUGCUGAUUCUGACAGACGGCGUGGUGAGCGACAUGCCUGAGGCGUGUGACGCCGUGGUCCGGGCCUCCCGCCUUCCCCUCUCCAUCAUCAUCGUGGGCAUUGGCAACGCUGACUUCUCCGACAUGCGAGAGCUCAAUGGGGACCGCGGGAUGCUGGAGUCCGACGAGGGCCGGGCCGUCCGCGACAUUGUCCAGUUUGUGCCACUCCGUGAAUUCAAGAAGGUGAGGGAGCCUCCCUGGAGACUUCAGGACGCAGAUAUAAAAAGAGGUCCUUCUUUGCGUGGUUAGACUAUGGAACUAGCUGCCAAAAGAGGCAGUGACAGCCACCAACCUAGAUAGCUUUUUUUAUAUAUAUAAUAUUUUUUAUUACUUUUAACAUAUACAUUAUAAAAUGUACCAGAAAACUUAUCACUUAUACAAUCUUUUUAGACUUCCAUCAGCACCUCUGAUGAUCCGCCGUUUUAACCACUUCUUAUGCAUUUCACAGCGGGUGGCGCUGUGGGUUAAGCCACAGAGCUAGGGCUUGCUGAUCAGAAGGUUGGUGGUUCGAAUCCCUGCGACAGGGUGAGCUCGCGUUGCUCGGUCCCUGCUCCUGCCAACCUAGCAGUUCGAAAGCACGUCAAAGUGCAAGUAGAUAAAUAGGUACCGCUCUGGCGGGAACGUUAACGGCGUUUCCGUGUGCUGCUCUGGUUCGCCAGAAGCGGCUUAGUCAUGCUGGCCACGUGACCCGGAAGCUGUACACCAGCUCCCUCGGCCAGUAAAGCGAGAUGAGCGCUGCAACCCCAGAGUUGUUCGCGACUGGACUUAUCUGUCAGGGAUCCUUUAACUUUACCUGCCUGCCAGGGCCCAGUGGGAGUGUCUCUCGCAGAGUUCUCUGUAGCAAACUUGCAGGAAAACUCUGUGAGCUUCAGCCCCUGUCGUGUGCCCUAUCUAGCAAGGCACAGACUGCUGGUUUGACUGCAUUUUUAAAUAUAUUUUUCCCUUGUCUAGGCUCCACCCAACGCUCUGGCCAAGUGUGUUCUGGCUGAGGUACCCAAACAGGUGGUGGAAUACUAUGGCAGCAAAGGCAUCGCCCCGGCAACACAGAGGUCCUCUUCCCCUCUGCCCCAGUGAGACCCACGCACACCUUUCCCCCCAUGGGCAUGGUCUGUCCAGCACCUUAAUGUGAGUUUCCCGAAAGGGGGUGUGCGGGGGCAGGAAGCAGAUGGAGAUAACGGAGACAUGGGAAAGAUGGAGAUUGAUGGGAGAGUGGGAGGGUGUUGACAGGAGGAAGAAGACGACGGAAGCUUUGAUCCACAGAUGGGCUGAGAGAUGAGAUUCGGUGAAAAUGACAAAAUGGGCCCAAGCGCUUGAAUUUCAACAAGCGGGGGGGGCGGGUGGUGGUGGAUGGGUCCUGGGUUCAAAUCCCCCCCUAUAGCCAGGAACACUACCUCGCAGGCUUGCAGUGAGUGGAGAAUGAGGCAGCAACUACACAAGCUCAUUUAUUUUAUUUAUUACAUUUAUAUUACAUUUAUAUUAUAAGGGACGCGGGUGGCGCUGUGGUCUAAACCACAGAGCCUAGGGUUUGCUGAUCAGAAGGUCGGCGGUUCGAAUCCCCACGACGGGGUGAGCUCCUGUUGCUCGGUCCCUGCUCCUGCCAACCUAGCAGUUCGAAAGCACGUCAAAGUGCAAGUAGAUAAAUAGGUACCGCUCCGGCGGGAAGGUAAACGGCGUUUCUGUGCGCUGCUCUGGUUCGCCAGAAGCGGCUUAGUCCUGCUGGCCACGUGACCCGGAAGCAGUACCCCGGCUCCCUCGGCCAGUAAAGCGAGAUGAGCGCCGCAACCCCAGAGUCGGCCGCGACUGGACCUAACAGUCAGGGGUCCCUUUGCCUUUACCUUUACGAUCUUUUCCAAGGAUCUUGAGGUCAUGUACAUGGUUUUCCUCCUCCGCAUUUCAGCCCCACAACAACCCUGUGAGGUAGGUCAGGCUAAAGAGACGGUGACUGGCCCAAGGCCACACCCAGUGAGCGUUGUGGCCAUAGCUGUCAACUUUUCCCCUUUCUUGCGAGGAAUCCUAUUCGGAAUAAGGGAAUUUCCCUUAAAAAAGGGGAAACGUUGACAGCUAUGAUUGUGGCUGAGUGGAGAUUUGAACCCGUUACUCGAUCCGUUACACCGCGCCGGCUCUCCUUUGAGGAAGGGUGGGAGAUCAGCCUGACCAAUCAAAACCAGAGGGUCUUUGGGGAGGCGGUGACAAAAUGGCAGGUAUGUCCCAAGAUGGCUGCCUUUGAAUUGGGGACCGCUAUCAGUUGGCGGACGACUGGAACGCCAGACGGGAGGCGAGUUCUAGAGAUGGGUGGGCUGUUUCGUCAUCCCCUGUUUCUUCUUGCGUACAUGAUGCCUCUGAUGCAAGCAAUGUGCCGUCCUGCAGCAAUCAUGGCCACUGGUGGAAGUGGGGCAGCGUAUUUUCCCACAAUGCCUCAGAACGAAGCGCUGGGGAGGGGGUGCAAAAUGGUGUCCGCAGGCAGGAGGGCACCCAUGGAAAAGGGGGCCUACUGUAUGUCCCCUCCAGCUGAAGACUCCCUGAAACCUGGACCUGCCCCCUGGAGGGGGUAGCUAUAACGUGGGCCCCCUUUUUUGAGACAUGCGCGCAGACAUGCGCUCACCUGGGCUGACAGAUUCUCUCCUUUCUUCCCCUCCUCUCUUUCUCCGCGCAGGUGCCUGUUUCUCUUUCCCCACACCUUUGUCUUCCAGCCCUCGGUCCUGUAG